UGAAAAGAGCUAUCUCGUUGAUGAGAGUUGUAGAAUCAGAUGAGAUACGGAGAUUAUUGGAUAGCAAUAGAGCUAUGUUGCCCAAGAGUAUCCCUGAUCUUGCGGUAGGGGAUGUGAUCCGAAUCAAAAUAGUAGACCCUUCGAAUGAGAACAAAGUACAGUGGUUCACUGGUAGGGUUAUUCACUUGAGAAAAGCCUACACAGGAAGCUCCGUCACGUUACGAAAUGCCGUUAAUGAAGUGGCUGUAGAACGUGUAGUGCCUUUGUAUUCGCCUUGGAUUAGAGAAGCUUAUCUUUUAGACAGGAAACCAACGGAACAACAAGACUUGUUUUACUUACGAGACAGACCACCCAGGGAGUCUGCUUGUGGACCGAUGGAGCCUCCAGAACUAACUAAGAAGAACAGUCGUGCCCAAAAAUGAGAAGAAACUUGUUAGUGAUAUU